AUGUUGCCAUCUACCUUGACUCUACUGAGUCUGGCACUCUCUGCAGUCGCGCAGCUCAGCAAUCUCACAACACCGAACCUCAACCUCACGGCUCUCUCGGCCAGGGAUGGUGAAUCGACCCUCGAAUGCUGGCAGCUCGCAAACCCAUUUCAGCAAACUACCGAGUCAGGCAUCACGGGCUCCCUGCAGCUAUCCCUGGGAGAGUUGGCGAAUGCAUCGUACAGUGUGGUUCCUGCGAGGUUCGACGGCGGGUUUCAUCAUGCCCCGGCUUUUCAAUACGUCCUUUUUAUCAGCGGUCUAGUGCACAUCAGUCUAUACAAGGGGAAGGACGAAGCGUGGAUCCAAGGCGGCAAGUACGGGCUGAUUAUCGCGGCGGACACGGCGGACCGAACUACGCAUGGCCAUCUUACGAGGUAUCCGAGUGCCGCGGACACUGUUGCCGUGUCCUUGCCAAUCAAGGACAGGGACGGCUUCAAGUACAGCGUGCUCCACCAGGGUCCGUGUACGGAAGACGAAGUGGUUGGGUUAUAG